GAAGAUCCUAUGUGCUAUGCUGUUUGAUAAUGCUGCCACAGUGCCACUAGUUUGUUAAUGUACACCAAUUUAACUGUACUAAGUAUCAACUGCAUAAAACUUAUUAUUAGUAUAUACACAAACGAAACCUAGAGAGAGGGAGCUCUCCCUUCUCUCUAAAACCUAGCGGCCGUCUCCCCUCUUUGUAGGGGUUAAGAUUUUCCGUCGUCCCAUCAAUAUGGGAUUGGAGCGGCAGAUUAUUCUGAUUUUAAGUUUUCUGAUGCUUGGGAUUGCAAUUAUGUCGGAAGAGACAACGUUGGUGGAUGAACAGAUUGCAGAUGAGAUUUUGUAUCGGUACUGGAUCAUGAAGCCUUGGUCGUCCGCUUCGACGAUGGUUGAAUUUGUAUUCAUACAUAUUGCAAGAGUCCGUCCUCCUCCAGAACCACCUCCAUACCAGGAAGAGUUUUGCGGAAAGAUUUUAUUGCAAUAUUAUUUUCUCUUCAGUAGUGCUAGUUUUAGUUUUAGUCACAAUGAAUUUGGUUUGAAUGUUUUGAUUUUUAGAGUUAUUUUGGUAGACAGGGUUUCAGAUCUGUUCGUUUUAGGCUUAAAUUUACCCGUUUCAGGUUUAGCGAAUCAGGUUGCUUUGUAUGAGGUGACUGAUUCUAUGUCUACUCCUAGGGUUCACGAUUGGAUCUGUAAAAUCUGUCUGAAUAUUUUCUUGUAUGCGUUCUUGAUUUUAAUAUAAAGCCGCCUGUUUUACGAUCAAAAAAAACUUAUUAUUA